ACUCAUACUGCAGCUGGCAGUGACUCAGCAAGAGAAAGCAAAAUGCUGCUUCUGGAAAAGGCACUAAUAAUGGAUGGCAAUACCUUACCGUUAACAAGCUGUGUACUUUUUAUUCAUCUGACUGAAACUGGAGACUUAAGGAGAUGAGACAGAGGAUGGAUGCUGACAUGUUUGGAUGACAAGACAGGGCUGCAAUUAACUGGAUUUAAGGCACUGUCCGCACUGAAUCAUUCAUCCUAAUGGGUGGGAAUAAUCUUUCACACUAAUUCUCUGGAGGCUGGGCAGAGGUUUUGCAACAGAAGACACAGUUUCACAUGAGGCUGCAACUAUUGUUUGGUCGAGGAAUCAGAUUACACACUUUAUUCUUGACUUUAGCUUAUAAAAGAGAGCGCUUUUGUAGCGGCUGAUGGGAUGAAGAAGAAUCAAACAAACAAAAUAUCUCACAGAUUAGAGGAGACGCUCGGCAGUUUACUGUGAAAACAGGACACACCCCGAGGGAGUGUGGUUCACUCAUACACACUCCCUGAAAGCACUGCUUUCCAUGUAGAAAUGGCGGCGGUCUCAGACUACCAGCGGCACUAUAAUGUAAAAGACGAGCUGGACAGUGGAGACAUGCAGUCUGAAGAAGGUACGGAGUGGCUCAUGGAGCUGCUCACCGACGUGCAACUUCAGCAAUACUUUAUGCGUAUUCGUGAUGAGCUCAAUGUCACACGUCUCUCACACUUUGACUAUGUCAAAAAUGAGGACCUUGAAAAGAUCGGUAUGGGCCGCCCAGGUCAGAGACGGCUGUGGGAGGCAGUGAAAAGGAGAAGGGCAAUGUGCAAGCGGAAGUCAUGGAUGAGCAAGUCUCUGUGCUUGGGCCAGCAGGUGUUCACCGGAAAGCGGCCUGACUCUGAUUCACAGACCCCUGUGGUGUUCCGCAGCACUUCCCCAUCCUCAACUCAACCAGACGGCCAGCCAGCCAAUCUCACCUGCCUCAUCAGCGAUAGAGACAUCACGCUUUACGAGAAACUGGGAGACGGCUCUUUCGGAGUGGUGAAACGUGGAGAAUGGCAGGCCCCAUCUGGAAGAGUGCUGAGUGUGGCUGUGAAGUGCCUGAAGACAGACCUGUUGGAACAGGAUGAAGGUUUAGAUGACUUCAUAAGGGAGGUUAACGCCAUGCAUUCCCUGGACCACCACAAUCUCAUUCGUCUCUAUGGUGUUGUCCUCACACACCCCAUGAAGAUGGUGACAGAACUUGCCCCGUUGGGUUCUUUGUUAGACCGCUUGAGAAAGCGUCAGGGUCAUAUUUUGAUAUCAGUGCUGUGCCACUACACCGUUCAGAUCGCCUGUGGCAUGGCGUACCUGGAGUCCCGGCGAUUUAUUCACAGAGACCUGGCUGCACGCAACAUCCUUUUAGCCUCUAACGAUCUUAUUAAAAUUGGUGACUUUGGUCUAAUGAGGGCCUUGCCUAAAAACGAUGAUCAUUACGUGAUGCAGGAGCAUCACAAAGUCCCCUUUGCCUGGUGUGCUCCAGAAAGCCUAAAGACCAGAACCUUCUCCCAUGCCAGUGAUACUUGGAUGUUUGGAGUAACUUUAUGGGAAAUGUUCACUCAUGGCCAGGAACCUUGGGUUGGACUCAAUGGUAGUCAGAUUCUCCAUAAGAUCGAUAGGGAGGGAGAGAGGCUUAUCAAACCAGAGGACUGUCCACAGGACAUUUAUAACGUCAUGCUGCAGUGCUGGUCGCCCAAACCGGAGGACAGGCCGACAUUUGUGUCCCUCAGGGACUUCCUUGUGGAGACAAUGCCCACUGACAUGAGGGCACUGCAGGACUUUGAUGAGCCAGACAAACUUAAAAUUCAUGCUAACGACAUCAUCACCAUCAUUGAGGGAAGAGCAGAGAACUAUUGGUGGAGGGGUCAGAACAGACAGACCCUGAAGGUAGGACAGUUCCCUAGGAACGUGGUGACCUCUGUGGCCGGUCUGUCUGCUCAUGACAUCAGCCGACCUCUCAAGCACAGUUUCAUCCACACAGGCCAUGGAGACACAGACCCACACCGUAGCUGGGGUGCCCCUGACAAGAUCGAUGAUCUGUACCUUGGUAAUCCUAUGGAUCCUCCGGAUGUUCUUGGGAUGGAUUCAAAUGCAACCAAGCCCACUAAACUUCCAAACCGGGCUAAAAAACAUCCUCCUCCUAGACCUCCUAAACCAGCUGUUCUUCUUAAGAAACCGUUUUACGACUCCGUGCUGGAUGACGAUGAUGAUUUGAUAGUGACGGGUGUGAAGAAGCUCUCUCUCAAGACUCCCACGUACUUAGGUUUGCGCCUCCGCCCUUGGGAAAGCACUAGUCUGAGCGAUCGCCUUAGCGAAGUUUCGCUCAUUGACUUUGGAGAUGAUAGUUUCAGCUCUACAUCACCUUCCCCCAUUACCGAAACCCCCAACCCCAGCACAGUGAAGCCACCUGCGUCCUACUCCGGUUCCAUCUUGGAUAUGGCGCCGCCGCAGAGCCCUAAUCGAGCCCUGCCCAACCCCAUGCACCCUACUCCAGUGGUGGAUUGGGACAUGCGGCCCCUGCCGCCUCUUCCAGCAUAUGAUGAAGUGGCCAUUGAGUGUGCGGAGCAAGAAGACAUGGAAGUGAGCUCCAUAAAUGCAUCUGCGUCACAGGAAGAUGUUGUAUCUGAACAGACACCAUCAGAAGACGUUAAAAUCGAUGGUAAACGCAGCGUGGAGGACAAUCUCUUUCUACCAGCCAAGCGUGCUGAGGAAACCCACUCCUUCUCACAAUCAGCAGACAUCUUCAAGGAGCUACAAAGGGAGGUGAUGGUGAAGCUUCGGGUCCCUCCGACUGGACGGUCCCUCCCUUCUUCACCCCUCCCGACUCCUUCAGCUCUCGCCCCGCACCGCCAAAUCAUCCUACCCUCCUCCUAUGAGGACAAGCCUCAGAUCCCUCCAAGAAUCCCGAUCCCGCCCAUGCGGCCCUCUAAGCGGGCAGGAAUAUACGGCAGCAGAUUGUCAGUUUCCCUUGGAGACAAUGAAGACGGGAGCCGAUGUCCACCUCAGAUACCCCCGAGGGAUCAUGCUUUAUCUCAACCCAACUCUCGGGCACCAAGCCCCAUGGUGCCGCAAGGCGGUUCCCCUCAGCAAAGAUCCAGCCUCUGUUGCGUUGGGUCAUUGGGUUCCUGCUUGUCCCCAUCGUCGUAUUCUUCUGCGCCAUCCAGCUCCUCCACCACGUCCACGGCCACCACUACAAGUUCUCAGUACGGCUCCACUGAAGUGGCCCAGAAUCCAGCUAAAAGUCCUUGCAUUGUUCCUAUCGUGUACGGUGGUGUGAAGGCCAGCAGCACUCAUUACUACUUGCUACCUGAGAAACCAGCAUACCUGGACAAGUAUGACAGGUUCUUUAAAGACUCUGAGGGAAGCGAGGAGAAAAGAACUACAAAUAUGGCCACUGUGAGACCCAUGGUUCAACAGCAAGUUAACAAGCCCAACGCUUCCCCCAGCCACACCAGCGGGACCUCCAACAGUCUGGCCUGGCCAAGCAGCACCCAAACAGGUGCCUACAACCGUGUAAUGCUCCAACAAGUGCAGGAGGCAGUACAUGGAGUGACUGUAGAGGAGUGUCAAGCAGCCCUUCAGACACACGGCUGGAACGCUCAGGAGGCCGUGAAAUAUCUGAAGGUGGAGCAGUUGUUUCGACUGGGUUUGAAAGCUCGGCCUGAAUGCGUGGAAGCUCUGGAGAGAUGUAGCUGGAAUCUGGAGCAAGCCAGCACCCAAAUGCUGGACUCCUAUGGUCCAUCUAGACAUAGGUUCUAAGUAGAAGAAUCAAGCUGAUCUCCAUUCCACUGCAGCUAGUUCCGAGUUUCAUCUACAGCUCACUGACUGUGGACCAGUAGAUAUUUGCAGGUCAUUUGAAUAUUCAUUGCUUUACUGCUUAUAAUCAAUGCAAGACAAAUGCAAAAUUCACUUACUUGAAGUACAACAGUGCAAUGUGAAUCAUGUACAUCAAAUUGUGUUUUAUGUACUUGCUUAAGUUUUAAAAUAAAGAGAUUUGCUUUUCAAUGCAUUAUAUGUGAUUUUACAGCAUUCAGCCUGUGAGAUGUUUGUAGUUUAUUUAUUCAGAAUAUUUUAUGCAGGGGCAUAGGGAUGAUUUGAAAAUGAAGGCGUUAUGUGAAUCAUAUCAGCACAGCUAAUGAAUAUUAAUUGAGUGACGUGACUUGUAGGUCACUAUGCCACUGAUUUUAUGUAAAGGUAUUGCAGGGUACUAUAUAGACACAGUAAGCUUUUGAAUAGAUGUAUUGACCAUUUAGGUGUGGUCACAUUUACAGUUGUUCUGUGAACUUUCACAGGCAAAAUCUGUAAUUUCAACUCUCAUACAUGAUGUUGCAUGCAGUUCACAGGCCUUGUUGUUGCUUAAGCUUUUACUAGUUUUUCAUUCAUUUUAUUCUAUUUAAUGGUACUAAAAUUAGUAGGCACAGCCACAGAUCACUCACUGUUGGUUAUAUUUUUAAAUAAUGUUUUAGAUCUCAGGAUGGUCUCUUCCCUUCUAAGUAGGCAGUUCUUGGCCAAAAUAAGCUGGGAUGAGGACGAGAUAAGUCUUGUGUAGCCAGAUUCAUGUUAGAAUAAACCCAUUUUGAUGUGCCAUGAUGACUGCAGACAAUAUACUUAUAAAUCCACCUACUACAUUAAUAAUUUAUAAAUUUCCUUGUUAGCUCAUUGUCUUUUUGAUCAUGUAAUGUCAUUUGUUCUCAGUUGCUGAUUUAGUUGUUUUUCAACUUGAAAAAGUGUUUGUACUGCCUUAAUUUUAAGUUUACUCAACUCAAAUAUCCACGUUUUCAUGUAGUACAACAUAACAUUUCAUGUUGACUAAACUUAAACUUAAAAAGGCAGCACGAACACUUUUAUAAGUGUUACUUUUUUCAGAAACUUUUUUUCCCCUCACUUUUUUUUGAAACAACCUUUUUUUUUAGUUUGUGGUGUUUUUCUCAACUGUUUGGAACUCCAUUACGCAUUUUGCGAUUUUGCUCAGGUUCAUAUAACACAGAAAUUUCACUUUGUGUGAAGAUGAAAAAUCUGUGUUAAUGAAAUUACCUUAUCUGUUACAUGAAUGGAACUGAAUAACAGCUUUUUUAUGUGCAUUUUUCUUCUGUCAGGACAUGUUGACCGUAUGUCACUUUACACUUUACAUCAAUCACGCACAGACGUCUGGCUAAGCAAAUUGAGGCUUCUGCUCUGUGCUUGAGUUCUCUGUAAUUUUCAUCUGCCUCUCGUCCAGAUGCUCUGAAUUUGUAGUUAUAUUUUACCUGCACUGGUUUUGUGUUCAUGUCUAUGCAAUUGCUGUUGCAAUUCAGUUUUUGGAAUAUAGCCUGUGUCAGUGCUCACCUCAUGUAGGUUGCAUCCCACUUUUUCUAAAGUGAAUGGCAGAAUGCUGGGCUUACUGUAAAAGCUUUAUAAAUGUUUGUUGUAUAAUGUUCUAUCUGUAUUUUUGUAUUAAGUAAAUAUUUAAAACUG